ACCCAUAGCCAAGGUAGGUGGUGGGUUUAAUAAUCAGAGCAGGAAAUUUCUUGGGACCUUUUUUGUAUUGAAUUCACUUUCAAGGUCAUGCAUUCAUAUUUGAGACUUUUGAGCCACUCUGUUUCGAAUGGUCUGCCUGCAAGGAUAGUCGUAGCUCAUGGGCCAUGGCGGCGUCGAAUUGAGACCUUCAGGUCUAAAGACUUCAACAAAGGCGGCUAGCAUUUAAUGAUGGAAAAGGAGAAAGAGAAGCCCUCCUCACCUUCAAACAAGGUAUCAUAGAUCCUUCCAAUCUAUUCUCAUCUUGGAUAGGCGAAGAGUGUUGUAUGUGGAAAGGAAUUGGCUGUGACAACGUAACUGGGAAUGUCAUCCAGCUAAAUCUUAGAAACCCAUAUGACCCCAAUACUGAAUAUGAAGCUUUUGGACUCUCACAAUUGGGCGGACAUAUAAGUGAUUCUCUACUGGGAUUAAAGCAUCUUCACUAUUUGGACCUAAGUUUGAAUCGUUUUGAAGACGAUAAUAUUCCAAGCUUCAUUGGUUACCUCCGGAAUUUGAGAUAUCUAAAUUUAUCAAAUGCGGGUUUCGUGGGUACAAUUCCUCAUCAGCUGGCAAAUCUCUCCAACUUGCAUUCUCUUGACAUUCGAGGUUACUCCCUGCAAGUCGACAAUCUUGAAUGGUUAUCUCAUCUUUCUUUGUUGGAAUUCCUUGACAUGACUUACGUCAAUCUUAGUAAAGCAUCUAACUGGCUACAGGUGAUGAACGUGCUCCCUUCUCUAUCAGAGUUACGCUUGUCUCGUUGUGAACUUGAUAAGUAUGAUCCUAUUCCUUAUGUUAAUUUUUCAUCUCUCACUAUGCUUGAUCUUUCACAUAACUGGUUUCCUUAUUCAACAUUUGACUGGUUUCAUAGUCUUACAUCUCUUGUUACACUUGAUCUAAGUGACACUCAGAUUCAUAUCCCACUUCGGGUUGCUGUCCAAAACAUGUCUUGUUUGAGAAAUCUGCAUCUCUCAAAUAACAACUUCUCUUCCACAGAUCUUAACAUGUUAUACAAUAUAAGUACUCUUGAAAGACUUGAUCUUGCAUAUAACAACAUUCAAGGUGUACUUCCUAGUGCCAUUGGAUCCCUUUCCGGACUGAUGCACCUUGACCUGUCAACCAAUGGUUUUGAAGGAAAAUUACCAAGAUCCUUGGGAAAUAUGUGUAAUCUGCAACAUUUGGAUUUAUCUUACAACAAACUUGGGGGAGGUGUGUAUGAACUGUUAGGAAAUUCUUCUGCAUGCACAGUAAAAAAUAUGGAGUUUUUAGACUUGUCUCGGAAUCGACUUUCAGGUACUCUGCCUGAUCAAUUGGGAGAGCAUAAAAAACUGUCGAUUCUUAUUCUUGGCUAUAACAUGCUUUCUGGUCAAAUUCCCGUGUCUAUAGGAAAUUUGUCUUCAUUGAGGAAACUUGAUGUCUCUGGCAAUCAACUAACUGGAACAAUUCCUGUAAGUCUUGGACAUCUUUCAAAUCUUGAAUGGUUAAGCAUCUCUAACAAUUUUUUAGAGGGUUUUGUUUCAAAUAUGCAUUUUUCCAACCUAACAAAAUUGAAAACACUUCAAGCCUAUUCAAACUUGUUGAUUUUGAGAGUAACUUCUAAUUGGGUUCCUCCUUUUCAACUUCGAGAUUUGGAGAUGGGAUCAUUGAGACUAGGGCCACGAUUCCCUGCCUGGCUUCAAUCACAAAAAGAUAUUCGAUUUCUAGAUUUAUCGAAUGCUAGUAUUUCAGAUGUUAUCCCUUUUUGGUUUUGGAGCCUCUGUUCCCAAAUUCGUAUUCUCGAUCUUUCUCAAAACCAAAUUCGUGGCAGUAUUCCAAAUUUAUCUUGUGGAGGAUCAAUCUUUCUUGGUUCAAACAACUUUUCUGGCCCUCUCCCCCGUAUCUCUUCUAGCAUUCAGGAUUUACAUCAGGAUUUAGAUCUUUCCAAUAACUCAUUCCACGGAUCUCUUUCUCCCCUCGUUUGUAAACAAAAAGAGAGAAUGGAAGGAGGUCAAGUAACUGUUCUUGAUUUGUCAAACAAUCUCAUAUCUGGAGAACUUCCUGACUGUUGGAUGAACUAUUCUUUUUUACAAGUGUUAAACUUGGGGAACAAUAAGUUAACAGGAAAUAUACCGAGUUCCAUAGGUUCUCUAUCUUGGCUUCAGCACUUGUACUUGGAGAGAAACAAUUUGUCUGGAGAUUUACCAUUGUCCUUGCAAAAUUGCAAAUUCCUAGAGAUUGCCGAUCUCAGUGAGAAUCUUUUGUCUGGCAGCUUACCAUUUGGUUGAGAAAUAGUUCAGCCUAUCUUAAGGCUCUCUCAUUUCGCUCAAACAGAUUUUAUGGCAAUAUUCCUAAGGAGUUUUGUAACCUCAAUUCUCUUCAAAUCAUGGACCUUGCACAUAACAAAUUAUCAGGACCCAUUCCUCGAUGCUUUAGUAGUUUGAGUGCCAUGGUGAAACUCAACUCUGAUAUAAUAAUGGCCGGACAUGGUUGGGAAAAACCAGUAUUCUUGGUAACCAAGGGAAAAGGGUAUGAAUAUGGCAAUAAUCUUUAUCUCGUCACAAGCAUGGACCUUUCGAGUAACAAUUUAAUUGGAGAAAUCCCUGAUGAACUCACCAGUCUUUACGGCCUACAAUUCUUGAAUUUGUCCAACAAUCAACUUCAUGGAAAGAUUCCUGAAAAGAUCAAUGCCUUGAAAUUAUUGGAAUCUCUCGAUGUCUCAAUGAAUCAACUCACAGGUGUAAUACCUCAAAGCAUGGCAAAUUUAACAUUCUUGAGUUAUUUAAAUUUAUCAUAUAACAACCUUUCUGGUAGAAUUCCGUCAGGCACUCAGCUUCAAAGCUUUAGUGCACUGAGUUUUAUUGGCAACCAUGAUCUUUGUGGACCUCCACUUAUGCCGAGCUGUGUUGGAGAUGGCUCAUCCCUUGAGACAACACCAAAUGCUGAAGAUGAAGGCAGAGAGGACAGUGCAUGGAUCGACAUGAAGUGGCUUUAUAUGAGCAUGCCAUUUGGAUUUGUAGUGGGGUUUUGGGGUGUAUUUGGUCCAUUAGCAUUCAACAAGGCUUGGAGAUCGGCUUUCUUUAAGUUUUUGGAUGACAUGAAGUAUAAAUUCUUCAACGGUGAUUAAAAGAGUGAAAAAAUGGCAAGACCAUGCGCUUGAAUGUUGGACAAAGAGAAUUGUUGUUUUUAUUCAAUAAAGCAUUGUUGUCCUUUGGUUGUACUUUUCUAUUUUAUGUAAAACUCUUGUUGUGGUUCAAUAUUACACUGCUUUGUUAGAA